UUUGCAAGAAAAAACAUUGAAUUUACACUCUAGACAAGUUGACUGAUGGAUCAAUUAAUUAGCAUUCCUUAUUCAUUGGAUUAAGACCUAAAAGAAUAUUACAAAACUGAACUGCAUUUCCCAGGUUAGUUUGCCGAUUCACUCUGUGAGUUGACCAUUGCUUUAGCAUUUCUUCUUGUUAAUGCUGUUGCCAUCAUGAACUUAAUAUGUCUAAAACAAGAUAAGCUCAUUUUUUUUCUUUUCAAGGGCCAGAGCAUCAUUGAUUUCUUCUUGUAGGUUUCUUUACAAUGUCUAGUAUUAUUAUGCAAUUUGUUCUUUUCCUACUAAGGAAUUGUAUUGUUAAUUGAAGGUACACUUCAGCUUUUCCGAAACUGGUCCAGUAUUUCACAUGCCGCCGCCAUGUUCUGUUGUAAUUCAGGAGUCAGAGAAAGGCCACUGGCAUAUUCCAGUUGUUUCAGAAAUUGAAACUCAUGGUGAGGGAACAUGGUUAUGUGUUACAAGAUCUCACCCGCUGAAAAGAGGCCUAGAUUCUUCUAAUGUUGAUAAAGAGUUGCACCUUCCUCAUGGCAAGGGAAACCAAAGAAGCGUGGGCAGUCAAAAGAGAAGGCAGAUUAAGCUGGAGCCGACGGGAUAUAGCAGUCAUGAUGGCAGUAAACAGGCACCUCAAAAAACAUACCAGAAUCUUAAAAAUAUUCUGUCGUCAUCUUUGUUAGCAGAUUAUCGCUCAAUCACUCCACAACUAGAGGCUGCAGAGAAUUGUGGUGGCUGCAUAAUUGAUUUUCAAAUUUGAGUUCAGUAACUCAAAAGGUACUAUGAAGGGCCCGGGUGGAAAACUGAAAAUUUGGCAUCAUGGUGGUAGAUCAUACGUCUAUGUAAGAGCAUAAAUGAUGAAUUUUUUGUAAUCCUGUUAAAAACAUGCAUAGAGAGGCAGAUAAUCCUUUUGUUAUGUAGAUGUUAAGGUGGACAUUAUGUUGACUGGGAGGGAAGAAGUUAGUUGCAGCGCUGCUGAUUUCAGUAUGUGCUUUGUAACUUAUCUCCAUGCAAAGUCUUCCUGACAGUUGGAAGUUAGUGUGUGAGAGUUGUAUUUUUUCUGCGGGAUUUAACUGUUGAAGUUUAUAUGACAUAAAACUGCUGCUACUUCUUGCUA